CCAGGCUCAGUGUCCCUCUGCAUUUGUCUUCCAGGGAACAAGAGCCAUUCACCUGAAAUCCUCCCACGAUGCUGUGGCUGCUGCUGCUGCAGGUGUCGGCGAGCUGCCUCUGGCUGGGACACAGUGAGGUGGUGACAUCCUUUGAGAAGUGUCCUCAGUUUUUCUAUGGGAAGACCCCCCCAAAUGAAGCCUUGACUCCACAGAACGCAGCCUGGAUCUGUCAACGCUACAACAACCAAUAUCACUUUGCCACCCUGUAUGACAAAUCCAUGAGAAUUCCUGUGUACUCUGCUUACAUCUACCAGCCUGGACCUCUGCCUUCAAAUGAAUUAUGGUUUGUUGAGCCCCAGCUGAUCACUCUUCCUAAUAAUAUGAAAACAGAGGACUUCCUUGAACAUAAUUACACCAUCGGUCCACAGCAAAUAGGCCAGAACCAGGCUAUCAGCGAAGACUACACCAACCUGGAUGAACUGGUCCCUGGCCAUUUGUGUCCCAGUGGCCACCAAAAUACUGACGACAGCAAGUCAGCUACCUUCACCCUGACCAAUGCUGUGCCCAUGGACAGCACACUCCACAAUGGUGUCUGGAAAGAGUAUGAGAACCAAAUGAUGGCCCAGGAAACCCAGGACUGUACAACCACCUAUGUCAUCACGGGUGCUGUGCCUGGGAACAGCUCCAUCGCUAGUGGGAGGGUUAAUGUGCCCAGCCACAUCUGGUUGGCUGCCUGCUGUCAGACCAGCACCACCACAAAGGCUUGGGCUUUCAUUACUGAGGAAAACCAUGUCCAGCUCCUCACACUGAAGGAGCUGGAGGAUGAAUUGUCCCAGCUCUAUGGGAGGGGAAACGUUUCCCUGUUCUACAGGGAUUGUGCCUGUUAA